AUCCACACGUUGCGCGGGGAAGUGCCGCCGUACCGCGUUCGCAUUAACACUUUUUUCGAAGUUCUUUGUACAAAAUUUCUUUUAAAAGUUGUAAUAAGUCGGUUUUGUGUCAAGAUAUAAUUUAAUACGAACCCUGUGAGUUAUAGACUGCAGUUCACGGUGUUACUUGUUGAGUUGUUACGUUAAAUUGUGUUUUUUUCUGUUAUUGUUGAGUUUUUUUUGUUUGGUGCAUCGUGCCGGGUCUGAGACCGGUGGGCCCGCGAGGAGCCGGCUAGCAGACCCUAACACACAAAGCCUUUAGGCGUGCAGUAGUGGUGGUCGCUCGGCGGCCCCGCAGCCGGCAAGCUGGCCGCCAGCGCGCUCAGCAUGAACCCGCAUUACCACGGGUAUGCGGAGCUCAGCUCGCCGCACCCGCCCUCGCCCGAGGCAGCCUUCGCCGCCAGCAACGGCCAUGAAUACCCUCACAAUAACAACAACCCAGCACUAAAAGAAUGCGCCGGCUGUGGAGGCAAAAUAGUAGAAAGGUUCCUCCUACAUGCCCUCGACAGAUACUGGCACCACGGCUGCCUGAAGUGCGCGUGCUGUGGCCAGGCGCUCGCGGACAUGGGACGCUCCUUCUACUUCAAAAGCGGGAUGAUAUUGUGCAAAAGCGAUUAUACGAGAAUGUUCGGCACGGGCGGCGCGUGCGCGGCGUGCGGGCAGGCCAUCCCGGCCAGCGAGUUCGUGAUGCGCACCGGCGCGCCGCCGCAGCUCCACGUCUUCCACAUCAAGUGCUUCGCGUGCUCCAAGUGCGGCUCGCAUCUUAUGCAGGGGGAUAGGUACUACAUGCUAGCGGGGUCGCUAGUGUGCGAGCAGGACUGGCACAAGCUGGUGAAGAGCGCGAGCGCGGCGCCGGGCCCGGGCGCGCCGGUGCGCAAGGGCAAGGUGGGCCGGCCGCGGCGGUCGCGCGAAUGAGCCGCGACCGACGCCGCGCCGCCGCCGCCGCCGCCGCCGCUCUCGCAGUCGCAUAGGGAUUAUGAGGCGAUGAUGGCGUGUUCGUACCUGACGCGGCUCGGCUGAAGCCGGGGCCGUCGGCGCCGUGCUGGGGGCCUGGCGGGGGCUGCGCGGGGGGGCCGCGGGGGCUCGAGCCCUGCCUCGACCCCGGCCUGCUGCU